AUGAUCGACGAGAGCCCUCUUUACCUGGGCUUCGACCUUUCAACUCAGCAGCUGAAAGGGAUUGCGAUCACCUCCGACCUCAAGGUUGCUUAUGAAGCAGUUUUCGAUUUUGAUGCGGAUGCUACUGGCUUUGGCAUCAAGAACGGUGUACUUACCAAUGAAGCGGAGCGCGAAGUUUAUGCUCCCGUUACCAUGUGGCUGCAGGCUAUCGACGCGGUUUUGCAGAGACUGCAAGACAAAGGGAUUGACUUUGGCAGAGUGAGAGGGAUAUCGGGCGCAGGGCAGCAGCACGGCAGUGUUUACUGGAGUGAAGACGGCGAGCAUGCUUUGCAAAACCUGCAUGAGGGCAAAUCGCUGGAGGCACAACUACACCAUGCGUUCUCUUACCCCUACAGCCCCAAUUGGCAGGAUAGUAGUACGCAAAAGCAAUGCGACUCGUUUGACCGACAUCUUGGGGACGAGGUUCAAUUAGCCCUACAUACCGGUAGCAAGGCUCAUCAUCGUUUUACAGGUCCUCAAAUCUUGCGAUUCAGAUCUAAACACCCCGACGCGUACUCAAAGACUUCUCGUAUUUCACUGGUGUCCUCCUUUCUUGCCUCGGUAUUUGUCGGCAAAAUAGCUCCCAUCGAUAUCGCAGACGUCUGUGGCAUGAACCUAUUUGACAUCAAGGCAGGUAGCUACAAUCAGAAGUUGAUGGCCUUAGCCGCUGGUCCCUCCGACCUUGAAAGCAAAUUGGGCCACGUACCGGAAGACGGAGGAGGUAGUUUUGGUGAGGUCCAAAAAUACUUUGUUCGACGUUAUGGCUUCAAUCCGUCAUGUACGAUAGCCCCGUUCACUGGCGACAACCCCUCGACUAUCCUUGCAUUACCUCUUCGGCCUCUUGACGCAAUCGUUUCGCUCGGCACUUCGACUACUUUCCUGAUGUCAACGCCUCACUAUAAACCAGACCCAGCUGUACACUUUAUGAAUCACCCUACUACAUCUGGUCUUUAUAUGUUCAUGCUAUGCUAUAAGAAUGGGGGCCUUGCGCGGGAACAAAUCCGGGAUGCUCUUCCACCGAGCCCUCCUGGUAUUUCAGACCGAUGGUCACUCUUCAACUAUCAUGCUACGCAUACUCGCCCUCUCGGCGCUUCUAUUGAGAGCUCUCCGGCAAAGAUAGCCCUCUAUUUCCCUCGGCCUGAGAUUGUCCCGAACGUCCAGGCUGGUAUAUACAGGUUCACUUACACUAGUCAACAACCAACCGUCUCUUCUCCAUCCGCAUGGAAACUUCCCGAAGACGACUGCCGAGCCAUCCUCGAAUCUCAGUUGCUAUCUUUGCGCCUACGAAGCCGUGGAAUCGUAGCUCCCCCAUCUCCAAACCCCCAAAAUGUUCCAGCUCAGCCUAGGAGAGUCUAUCUUGUCGGAGGUGGCAGCCGAAAUACCGCCAUCGCAAAGCUCGCAGGAGAAAUCCUGGGCGGCGUAGAGGGGGUCUAUCGCCUCGACGUAGGUGGGAAUGCAUGUGCACUUGGAAGCGCAUAUAAAGCUGUCUGGGCCGUGGAAAGAAAACCAGGAGAGACCUUUGAGGACUUGAUCGGUAGUAGAUGGAGAGAGGAUGAUUUUGUUGAGAAGAUAGCCGAUGGCUAUCAGGAAGAGAUAUAUCGAAUGUAUGAGAAAGGGGUUGACGGAUUGGAGGCUGUUGAAAAAAGUGUGCUGGAGGAGCAGGCAAGCACUACGGGCGCUGGGCAGGUUUGA